AAGAUCAUAGUCAUUUCGCCCCGCCUCGCUCCCCCGUCUCCGCGCGCUCCGACCAGCUCUUGCGAUCUCGCGCCCAAAGCCAAGCGAAACCCUAGCAUCACCAAUGGCGGAGACCGACUCGGCACUCACCGGGGCCCUUCAAGCGCCGGUGGCGGAGGAGGAGACGGGUUCUCCACCCGAUCGUAAGAGGAAACUUGGUGAGAUGGAAGGGGAGGACGUGAACGCGGAUAAGGAAGCGGAGGAGGGUGGCGCCCGUGGCGAUGGGGAUCCAGUGGAGGUGGAGGGGACAGGGGAAGGGGAGGAGGCGGUGGAGAGGGAGGCCAAGCGGGCGCGUGUUGACGGCGAGGCUGACGCAUCAGGCUCUACUCAAAAUGAAGUGUCUGUACCAGAAACAUCAGAAGCAGUGAAUGGGGAGGCUUCUGUGGAUGGAAACAUGCAGCCUAGCUCUGCAGUAAAUGUCCCAAAAGAAUGUUCAGAAUAUCCCCAAGAAGAUGGUGCCCCCUCAUCAGAGCAGCAGGAUGCUUCUGCAGCCACCCAAGAAAUGAUAUCUCGUAGAAUCGAAAUUUCUCACAGCGAGGUCGGUGGUAUAAUUGGCAAAGGUGGGAAUAUAAUCAAGUCCCUGGAGGCCACCUCAGGUGCUAAAAUUGAGAUCAUACAAGAUACUGAAGCUGAUCAGAUUCUUCUUCUUGGGCUUUCGUUGAAGUUGCUGGCUGUCUUGAAAGCAUCAACAAGGCUUAGCAGCUGGUUAAAGAUUUCAUGGAAGAGGUUGAUGUGGGUGAUGUAGUGCAUUCAUUGCUAGAGGUUUUGGAACUAAGCAAUCUGGUGUUGACCACAGUGAGAUACAUGUUCCCAAUGAGAAGGUAUGUUUGGUCAUUGGGAAGGGAGGUGAGACUAUUAAGAACAUAGAAACGAAGUCUGGUGCUUACAUUAUGGUCUAUGCUUACUCUACCGCUUGCUCUUCCUUUGUUUUUUUUAUAAAAGAAACCGAGAUACCUCUUGUAGUUGAUCCCGUGACAUCUUCCUGAAGGUGAUCAUUCCGAGCAACAAAAAAGUAUGACUUACCGGAAACUGCACACAAAGAGAGAUUGCAAAAACAAUGAUAAUGGAAAUCACCAGUCAGGUAUCUGUGAUACUUGCUCAAUAACUACAAGUUUCUAUUGCACCGCCCGCCUAUUUUCUAUCAAUAGCAGGAACCAUGUUAGCUAGAUAUCUAGCCUCUCCACCUAAGAUAGUGAAGUUAAGGACAUCUCACAAUUAUAUGGAGAAAACAUACUUUGAUGAACAUGUAUAUUUCUGAGUGUUGCUACCAUUUCCUACAAUAGAUUAUGGCCCUUGGAUAUAUCUUCUAAUAUGCAGCAAUGUUUGAGUUGGCUAUCCACCAUGAUUGCGAGUCAUAGGAAGCUUUAGCUCCGAAGGCAUCAUAUAAGGGGAUCGCAUGGCAUCACCUACUCCCCUUACCUUUUUAUCUUAUGAAUAUUGUACUCGCCAUGUAUCAUCACUGGUAGCUACAAACCAUGCAUUGUUAUUUCAUAUAAAUCCAAGCUAACUUUUCGUAAAUUCAACCAACCUUUUUGUAAAUUCAAAUAAUUUUUCCGUAUGGGUUCUUGAAUUGGUGCAGGGGAUCAAAUUGAUUAUAGAAACAUGAGUUAGGCUAUUCACCCAUAAGGCUGUAUGCUUAGAAGCUCAGAUACGAGAAUAUUAUAGAUAUACCAAAAUAUUAUGCUAUUAUUUGCUUAACAUCUCUGAAGCGUUGUAUACUUCACCAAGACGGCUACCAGAAAUUGGUAGGUGUAGUUAGCAGACUGUUAACUCGUCUUAUUGCAAUAACAAUUAUUGGUAAACUAGUACAGUUCUUUGCUUCCAUUUUUAUGUCCGUGUGGUAUGAUAGCAUGUGAAUAGCAUGCAUCAGGAAUUCUGAUCGUUUCAUUUUCUCUUUGCUUUUCUUUUGGUUCCAUAUUACAUCUUUAGAUGUGUUCCAUUAUCAUUUCAUAGAAUUUGGUCAAUCACAAUAAUUCCGGCAGAUAUUUACAGCAUGUCCUUUUGGUUUAUCUAUUCCUUUUGUGACGAAUGAUUACCACGAUGUGAUAUUAAACUAUAAUAGCUACCUUCUAGGCAUGGCUGACCCUUGCAGUUUAACUUACCUAUUGAAUCAUGCAUGCCUGUUAUAGUGCAAAGUUCGAAUAAAUAUACUCAUUAUAUGACAUGCAUGUUAUAUCUAACAUGUAUUUUAACAAUCACGCAACAGUACUCUCGACUGUGCCAGCUUUGCUAAAUCUCCUGAUUUUGCCGCAUUAAGCACACGGUAAUUCGUGGAUAUGAAACCAAGAAUACCGUCUAAUAAGCUAAAAAAGAGAAAUCAUCUAUUUUUUGUACGAUGUUUAUAUUUGUUAGCUUUGUGUGGCACAAAAGUAGCUGAUUAAAUUCGGAAGUAUCCGCUGCACUGACACUUACUCUGAGUUUUCUUUUAAUCUGCUGUGGUCAAUUUAAUCCAGAGAUUCAACACGGUAAUGGAGAUUUCACCGGUGCUGGUCAUUUUUGCCCAUUUUUCGUAUCCAUCAAAAUUUACCAGAGUAGUUUCUGUUGCCUUUUCAGUAUCAGUAUUUUAAUGUCUUUGUUUAUCUAUCAAUCCUUUCUCUCAGUCUGAUAUAGCCUUCUGUAACUAGUCUCCUAGAUCUGAUUCACGCAUGGAUGGGCAUUGUCAUCAAAGUUACUGAUCUCUUAAGAAGAAAAGUUACCGAUCUUGUAGACCAGGUGAAGCCCCUCAGCGGGGACCAGACAAAGGUGAGUACCAGCAUAGAGGUAUGAACAUGAACCCUCAAAACCCACUACAUCAGCCCUAUGGUGGGUACUCCCAGCCCCAACAGGAAGUCCUAGGAGUUGGCAUGAGUACUGGCCGGGAUCAAAGGUCAGGCGGCCCCGGUCAGGUGCAUCCUCAGGGUGGUGGUGCAUACUAUACGCACUCAUCUGGAGGUCCUGGUGGCGUUCCAGUCUCAAUGGGAUACAACUACGGGAACCCACUGGCUCCUAGUACUUAUGGACCAACUAGCAGUUACCCACAAACUGCUCAUGGCCAACAAUCAUACGUGCAAGCGUACGGUGAGCAAUGGUAUGGCAACUACAUGCAAGGGCAGCAGUACUAUGGACAACAGCCAAUGCAUUUACAGGCAGGCUACCAAUCUUACCCUACACAGCAAUAUCCCUAUGGCAAUCCAGUCUCAACCACGCCAUCUCAGCCAGCUCCUGGUUAUGGUUAUUACUAUGGAGCAGCUCCUGGUGGUGCUGAUGAUUACACGCAUCCUUCAGGAGGCUAUCAGCAGCCCACGAACCAAGUUGCUUCGGCCUACCCACAGCAAGGGAUGCAGUCUGGUGGUUAUGGGCAGUACCCGUUGUCUCAAGCAAGGUACACUGCUCAGGCAGUUGCUAACAACGCAAGCUACGGAUACUAUGGUAUGACAACUGAUGUUGCUGCGUAUGGCAACACCCAGCCAGGCGCAGGAUAUGUUUCAGUCCCUGGAGGCCAUCCUGUCAACCAAGGACCAGGAGGAUAUGCACAGGCACAACCUCAGGAAUUUCCUGCUGGCAACGAGCGCCAAUCGGUGCCACCACCGCCAGGCACUAGCACGGGCUAGUUCAAUCGCGCAGGUUUGUUGACUGACUCUGGCUGACCUGGGAAGGUGUUGUUGGCUGUACCACCACUCCACCAGGUAGGUAACAUUGCGUCAUUCUCGGCCGUGCGCUCAGACAACGUUGAGAAUGUUUUCUGCUGCCAUCAGAUUUUUGAUCGCUGAUACUGGUAAUGUUCAAGUUGAAUUAUGACGCAUUGGACAUGAUAAUCUGCCAACAUCUAAUUUUUUACAUUGUUCUUGUUUGGAUGUCUGCCACCCUUCAGCAUGGUGACUUGUUCAUCAGUUCAUGCCCAUUUGAUAGCAAGUAUGGCUUGAUACCUCUGAAAUUUGAUUUGGAUAGCUCAUUUGAUCGUUCAGAACCCCGUCGAUGUGGUUGAGAAGAGUUACUCCUUUUGGAACAGCUGUUCAGUCUCAGAAUGAGGUUUUGUCAUGGCCACGGGUGACACUAAGGCUUCGUGUAUUGUGGGAAGGU